AUGACUGUUCCAGAAGCCGAGAUACUACGGCCGCUUGACGCCUCGAAUACGAAUUCUGAUGAUUGGGAGAUCUUUGUACUGAGCGAUGCGCGAGUCGUAUAUGAGAGCAAUGGCAAGCCUGCGAGUCUGUUGGCUGCCUAUGCAGAUACACCACUCAAGGUUGAGGGUCGGCUGGAGACACCUGGGCGCAACCAGCUAAAAUACCUCCUCAAGAAGCCGUACAAGCCCACAGAAAUCGAGAUACGCAAUGUGACACGCUUUUCCUAUGGCGAAAUGACCGACGGCGCAUACGUGAUGUGGGCACAAGGCAAAGCGGGUUGGUUUGAGAUACGGCCGACGGCUGCAUACAAGCCGAUAUAUGAUGAUAUGGUUCAGGCCGUGCAAUUGCUAUAUUUUGUCACCGACGUCUAUAGCGAAUCGCGCAAGAAAGGCGGCGGACCUAGUGCUGAGCUUAUCUUUCAAGAGUACGCAGAAGACGUACGGUUCCCUUGUAACGAUGUAGCCAUGCAAGACUUUGACGAUUGCAAAGCACGGAUCGAGGGGCGUUAUUCCCAGGUACAUCCCGGAAGAUCCGCGAAAUCAGCGCCCGUGCUGGUCCCUGCCUCGACUCCAACACCAGCUCCUACACUGCAAAAAGCUCGAUCCAAGACCCCUUUGUCGAAACCGACGGAAGCGCCAAAGAAGGACGAUAACUGGUGGGAGGCUGCGGUACUCUUCGAAUUUAUACAAAAGGCCGUGAACCAAAAAGUGCUACGAGCAGGACGAAACCAGAUAACGUUGGAUCGUGUAGCUGAGCUCGUGGUCAGACGCUACGAGAUUGAGGAAUUGGAGACUGCUAAGAACGUACUAUUAGUGCACGCUCAAAAUCUAUGCUACAUGAUGGAUCAUCCGCGGCGGAAGACCAUACAGUUCUUCUCUGCUGAGCCCAUCUACCAAGAGCUAGCCGGUGGACACAACUUGCCUGCAGCCGAGCAAAGAAGAGCAGAGGGUGUAGAGCUGAAACCACGAAAAGACCACGCAAGGCUCAGAGAUGGCGAAAGUGACUCAUCAGAUACAACGGAUGAAGAUGAAGACGAAGAGGAGGAAGACACGAUAACGACACCCAUACGCAGGCCACCAGGCCGACGGAAGAAAGGCCGCCUAUCCGUCCUCCGACCCAAGAGUAACAGGUUAUCAGGCAAAAGCAAGGGAGUAAAAAUCGCGCCCGGAAAGCAAAAAGGCGGCAAAGGCAAAGCACCCAUAGCCACCAGCGACGACUCAGGCGCCGACCAAACCGAAGAGGCAACAAGCAGCGACGCAGACUCGAGCAUACAAACCCCCACGCAAGCUCUCUCCCCCGCCCGCGAAAAGCGUAAACUAGACGAAACCGACGUCUCGCAAGACGACGAAAGCCGCUCAAAACGUGCAGCCAGCGCCUCUCUCGCCCCAGAGUCCCCGCCCACUACCUCUUCCUCCCCCGAAGACGACGAAGAAGCAAGCGCCGUACCCCCUCUCCCACUCCGCUACCGCCCCGAAUCAUCCUCAACCACCAGCGCUACCAAACCAACAGUCGCACCACGCCUCGUGUCCACGCCCUUGCCCACGUACGAAGCCAACGGUCCGCGUGACUCGUGGAUCUGCAGUUUCGACGGGUGCACGCAGAAGAUAUAUGGGUGUAGCAAGGAUCUGGGUCGUCAGCUUAUUACCGAACAUUUGGAAGAUCAUAGUCGGGGCAGGGAGAAGGUUGUAGGAAUCUUGUGGAGGGAACAGGAUCGGUUACAUUUGCCUGUUAGCAAUUUGAUCAAGAAGAUCCGGGAAAUGAGUGAAGCAGGAACACCAUUAUUUCUCGCUGAGGCAACGGCAACAGGGCCAAGGCCUAUAAAGAGGCCUGUGUAG